CUGUUGCCUCUGCUGCUGCCCCCACUUUUGUUUCUCUCUCCAGUCCUCAGUUACAGGAAGCUCUGACUGCCGGGUUGCGAGUACUGUCUGACUGCUCUGAGUGUUUGCGAGGCAGCCCGCGACAAGUGAAACGGCCGCGGUCUGUUUAUCCUCCGCCCUCCGCCGUCGCCCCUCCAACCCGCCUCAUGCCUCUGCGUCUAUGCGACCACUGUGACCACCCCUCGUCUUCCAAGCUUCCUCAGCCCUGCCUCCCACGUGCUUGAUCCCGCCAUGGAGAAAUUUAUGCGCUCCUGGCGUCAGGAUGCGCUGAACCGCGGCCAGCACGAUGCGGCCAUCUACAUCGGCGACAAGGUGCUGGCGCUGACCAACACCGAUGCCGAUACCUUCUGGUUGGCCCAAGUCCACUUCUCGAACAACAAUUACGCACGCGCAUUAGCCCUGUUGUCGCGAAAAGACCUCAUCGCCAGAAGUACCGCCUGUCGCUACCUGGCCGCGCACUGCCACAUCAAGCAGAACCAAUUCGAACAAGCGCUCUCGGUACUGGGAGACCACAACCCGACCCACCUCAUACGCAGCAGCAACAGCCGACGCAAAUUGCAGCACCUCAACGGCCAGAGCCAUGUCACGUUGCGUAAUGGGAAGACGACGGCGUCGCGCAUCGACCGCAGCGAGGAGCGGGAGAAGGAGGAUGCCACCAAUAUCCGGUUCGAGGCGGCCAUGUGCUACCUGCGGGGACUGUGUUUCGCGAAACAGAAUGCGUUCGAUCGUGCCCGCGAUUGCUACAAGGACGCCGUCCGCAUCGAUGUGCAGUGCUUCGAAGCUUUCGACCAGCUCAUGAAGAACUCCUUGAUGUCGCCCGCAGAGGAGCUGGAGUUCCUUGAGUCCCUAGAUUUCGACUCGCUGUCCAGCCCCGACCCGUCUGUGGCCCAAGAAGCCGCCCAUUUCAUCAAAAUGCUCUACACUACCCGAUUGUCGAAAUACUCUUCUCCAGCCAUCCUCUCGGACGCCACGGAAACGCUGUCAACUCACUACAACCUGGCGCAGAACCCCGAUAUCCUCCUUUCACGCGCGGAAGCAUUGUAUACCCAGUGUCGCUUUGCAGAAGCACUUGAACUCACAUCAUCGAUCUUAUCUACUUCUCAGUCUGCCGCAUCCCCGACGCAAAUGACGCCAGCAGUGCAUAUGCCAGCUCAAAGCCACCUCGGUCAUCCGCCUGCAGUGUAUCCCUUGCAUUUGGCUUGUCUUUAUGAAACGGGUGCUACAAAUGCCCUUUUCCUCCUGUCCCAUACGCUGGCCGAUCAUGCUCCUGAGGAGCCCUAUACAUAUUUAGCUAUCGGUGUUUACUACCUGUCGGUCUCAAAAAUAGCUGAAGCGCGGCGUUUCUUCUCCAAAGCAUCCCUACUCGACCCACAUUCCGCGCCAGCCUGGAUUGGCUUUGCUCACACAUUUGCCGCCGAGGGGGAGCACGACCAGGCCAUUGCGGCGUAUAGUACAGCAGCUCGGCUUUUCCAGGGAAGCCACUUACCGCAGCUCUUCCUGGGUAUGCAGCAUCUUGCAUUGAACAACAUGUCUCUGGCCCAUGAAUAUCUGUCGGCUGCCUAUGCGAUGUCAACCGGCGCUGCGUCCGGCUCUGCACCUUCUAUCCGAGCCAAUCCGACUUCGGAACUGAGUUCCUUGGGGGGUGACCCGCUCGUUCUCAACGAACUAGGUGUCGUCCUAUACCAUCAGAAUCAUCUCGACGGAGCUGUCGAACUAUUCCGUCAAGCACUCGCCUUGGCAACGUCACUUCAGUGUGAACCAGGGGCCUGGGUGGCCACGCGAGCCAAUCUCGGACACGCACUCCGUCGUAUCGGCCGAUUCCAGGAGUCUCUAACGGAAUUCGACGAAUGCCUCCGGAUUGGCGCUGCGGGCGCAAGCUUCGGGUAUAGUCCGUUCCUGGGGGGCAGCGGUGGCAGCGCUUCAGGCGUAGCCUCCUCGGGCGUCGGCGGAUACGAGGACCGAGGAUUGGUUGGCUCACUACACACUGCGCGAGGUCUUGUGCUAUUGGAACUGGAUCGCACCAUGGAAGCCGUGACAGCUCUGCAUGAGGCGGUGCGUGUCUUAGGAGCGAGUGGCGGGGGCGAUGCCGCCGGUGGUGCCGGUAUCGCGGGCACACUUUUAUCACGCGCGCUGGAGAUCUGGGCACUCGAAGGGCAGGAGACAGAGCCAGCUGUGCUGGAAGACACUCGAGGCACCGCGAGUCGCAGCUCGACGCGGUCCUCCAAAGGAAAGGGCAAGGUUGUCAGACGACGUGGCACUGUAGACGAGCCCUACGCGGAGGAAUGGACCGACGAAGUCGCUCACGUCGAUAGUCAACUUGCCGCCGAGGGCGAGACUAUGGGAGAACGAGUGGAGAUGGAGCUGGACGACGAAGCGGACGGACUCCUGCGUCAGGCCAUGAGCCGGGUGCGAGGCGGCCGAAGCAAGCGCCAGCCGGGACUGAGCCAUGAAAUGGUGGUCAGCGAGACCCCGGGGCCCGCCGGCGGACGCAUUCGAGGGUCGCGGACGGUGAGGAGUAAUGCUAGGCAAUAGUUGAUGGGCACAGCAGUGAUGGAUUGACAUUCAUUGGUGUCGAUGGAGCAUAGCAACUGGGCGUUUGGAUGUGUUAUACCCUGGUUUUGUACAUUGGUCCUGGUCCUGGGACCUGGGGGUUGGGCUGCAGCAUUAGAG